AUAUAUAUAUAUAUACAUACAUACGGUUAUAUAUCAUGCAUGCAUACCCUUUUCCCCAAAAAUGUAGACAAGAUAUAAAUAAAUAAAUUUAUAUACCGAGAAUAAAAAAUGUAGACUAUAUAUAUAUACAUACGGCUAAUACAUGGUCUCUGUACCAUUGGUGAAUGGAAGAAGGUUGAAGAACUGGCUUUUGAAAUGAUCAACUGGGGCAUCCAUCCCGAUGUCAGAUUUCUGAACACAAUAAUGGACAGCCUAUGCAAGGAAGGAAGGGUUGUGGAAGCACAGGAUUUCUUUGAUCUGGUUAUAGGCACUGGUGUGAAACCAGAUGUUGUUUCUUAUAAUAUACUGAUAGAUGGAUAUUGCUUAGAUGGGAAGAUGAAUGAAUCGAUUAAGCUACUUGGUCAUAUGGUCUCCAUUGGCUUGCGACCUGACAAUGUGACCUAUAGCACUUUGCUUAAUGGCUACUGUAAGAAUGGAAGAGUUGAUGAUGCACUAGCUCUUUACAGAGAAAUGUUCAGCAAGGAUGUUAAACCUAAUGCUAUUACAUAAAACAUAAUGUUGCACGGGUUAUUUCAGGCUCGAAGGAUUGUUGCCGCAAGGGAAUUCUACAUGAAAAUGGUUGAUAGUGGAACACAGUUGGGAAUCAGCACAUACAACAUAGUUCUUCGAGGACUCUGUGAAAAUAGUUGUGUUGAUGAAGCGCUGAGAAUUUUUGAGGGCUUACGUUCAAAAGAAUUUCAGCUUGAGGUUUGGACUUUCAAUAUAAUGAUUAAUGCCUUGCUGAAAGUUGGUAGGAUUGAUGAAGCUAAGGGCCUGUUUUCGGCUAUUGUGCUCAGUGGUCCUGUGCCUGAUGUAAUAACCUACAGCUUAAUGAUCGAAAGUCAUAUAAAAGAAGGUUUAUUCGAAGAGUCUGAUGAGCUUUUUCUAUCUAUGGAGAAGAAUGGUUGUGCUGCCAACUCACGUAUGCUAAAUGUCAUAGUUAGAAGACUACUUGAAAAAGGAUAUGUUAGAAGGGCUGGAACCUACCUUACCAAAAUUGAUGAGAAGAACUUCUCCCUUGAAGCUUCCACUGCUGCAUUGCUGAUUUCUAUUGUUUCAGAGACGAAGUAUCAGAAAGAAGUGAAGUUUAUUCCUGAAAAAUACCAAUGUUUCACGGAACCUAGGGAUGAUUGAGAUCUGUUCCCGGUUUUACUGUGCUAACUAGACAUUACAGAUUGCUAAUUGAGAGUACAUGGCCUGUUGUCCUGUAAAGGUGAUGUCUUACAUCUGAUUUUCAUUCCACAUUGAUAUUCCAACAGGUUAUCGUAUUUACUAAGAUUUAUAAUUUUUAAGACUCUGUUAUUCAGAUUAAGAUUGCUAUUCAUCCUCAGUGGGCAUUAUCAAAUUAUUUUUCUCUACCCUGUUGUGGGCUUCUAACAUGGAGAGAUCUGCUACUGGAGCUUUUAGAGCUUUGUUGCUACGUUCUCUAUUCUACAUGUUUGUUUCUAUGGCAUUAAGCUUGACACCAAAUCCAAUGUUUCUGCAUGAAUUCUUAAACCAUUCAGAUCAGUAGACUAAGGGAAUAUAAGAUUGACUGUUUAAUACUAAAUUGAUGUAUGCCUGGAAAACUGAAUUUAUGAAUCAUUGAACUGCAGGGUAAUAUAAAAUAACCUUCAAUUGGAGAGUGGUAGAAUUACAUUUUUGCUUUUUUGUUGUUGUAGUUAAACUAUUCCUUUUGACAAUGCACACAUUGUGGACAUGCUGGUUAUAAAGCAAAGGGCCUUUUCUUCAGAAAGCCAGGAAUGGGCAUUUUCAGGCGUUGGUUUCGUGGCUGAUAACAAUAACAAAUAGUUUUGGCAGUCAAGGCUCCCUGGUCAGGUCCAUUGUUUUGUUUAGCUGUCUAUACUCUAAAUCUGCAUUCAAAUGGGGGCAACAUUGUUUCAUGGCUGCAAAUAAAUAAAGCCAGGAAAUACGCAGCAGGACAGUGCGGUGCUCCUCCUGCUUAUAUAUCCUAUGCAUCAGGAUUGCAUUAUUCCUUGUAACCCUGUCAGUGAGCAUGCAUACCUACAUAUUUGUUGGUUUCAGGACACUCCGAUACAGUUUGAGGAAAUUAAAUUAAGGAUAAUAAAGUCGGAUGAGUUCACCAUGGCGAUCAGCAUGUAGGAUGCAACCAGCUGCCGUAUAUGAUGAACUGGAAAUCUCCAUCGAGCGCUGCAGAAGGAAUACUAACAAAGCGCCUAAUGAACUGGCAAGACGGUCAGAUUUGUAAAAAUUAUUGUAUCUGGGACAAUAAUGAUCCCCAUAACUUUAUUGUUGAUCUCCAAUUCAAUGAUGUGUUGUAUCAUUGAUCAAAGAAGCUGUAACGCCCUUCGAUCGCAUAUGGCACAUGAUACACCUUUGGCGAUAUGAGAUGGAUCCGAACCGAAUACUCCAUUAGAGAUGGAGUUGUACGUACAUGACGUGAACGACGGCAAUAUCUGGAGACGUGGGCGUGGGUGCGUCGUUUCCAGAUUACAGAAACCAAUCUGUUCGAUCGAAAAGCAAGGGAGGAUCGGAUCGGAUCGGAUCGGAUCGGGAGGAAAAAAAAAACAAACAAACAAACAAACCGCACCGAUCAUGUCGGCGCCGGCGACUGAAGCGACGUCGUUUUCGUCGUUUGACGACCUGAACGCGGACGUGGUGGCCGAGAUCCUGUUCCGCCUACCGUCGGCGUCCGUGCUCCGGUGCCGCGCCGUCUGCAGGGCAUGGCGCGACGUCGCAAGCGGGCCGGAGUUCGUAGCGGCCUAUUCCCGGCGCCGGCCCCUGGAGCUCGUGGUGCAGCGCCAUGGUGACAACGGCGUGCUGGACGCCAUCCCGCUGGCCACCCUCGACGAGGCCAGCCGCCGGUGUCUCCACCCCGGGUACCCCUCCUCCAACUCCAACGACCCUGCUGCUGCUGCCACGGGGACGGGGGGGGAUCAGUACUCGCUGAUGGGUUCUUGCGGCGAUCUCUUGCUGUUCGAGAGGAACCACCGUGCAGGUGCAGGCAUGGGUGGUGACAGGCAGCUCUGGGUCUGCAACCCGGUGACCCGGCAGUGGUCCCCCGUGGCACUGCCGCACCGCAACGGGAAAAGCCUGCUCUGCGGCCUGUACCUCCACCGGCCGUCCGGCGAGCACCGGCUCCUAUUCCUCACCAACGACACCUGUCGCGACAUCACCGGGCCGGCGUCGCACUACGUCGGCUCGCUCGAGCUCGACACCUACCGCUACCGCUACCGGCGAGUAGGAGGACCGGCGCUCGCAGCCGUCUAUUUCUUGAUGGGCCUGACCAUAACAGCCCAGUGUCUUGAUUAUCACGGCAAGCUUCACUGGCUCCACCACCCCGAGGUGACGGAGACGGACAAGAUCCUGGCGUUCGACACGGUGUCCGAGACGUUCCGGCGGACGAUGCCGCGCCCGCCGUUGUUAGGGACGAAGAAGCAGUACGGCGAAAUGCCCAUCCUUUCCCUGCUGGAGAUGGACGGGAAGCUGGCCGUGGCAGCCACCCCCGACCUCGAUUCCUCCAUGCGCAUGGACCUCUGGGUGCUGGAGGACUACGACAGCGACGACGGCGAGAGCUGGACCUGCCGCCACCGGAUCGACCUGUCAGCCCUGUCGUUACCGCCGUCGAGGUUGCUGCGUCAUCCAUGCUGCUGGGCUAUGGGCGCUCACAGUGACGAUGAUGUGAUUCUUUUGGGGGACAUGGCCAGUCUUUCACUGCUGCUGUACCAUCUUACGGAGAAGAGGGUGCUCAAACGAAUUCAAGUCGUUGCUAGUAAUAAAAAGUCUCCGCAGACCACUUACAUGUGGGCCCUUGUGUUCAGGGAUAGCCUUGACACACACGCCUUUUUCCAUCUUCACACGCCGGGGAUCUCAACAAAUUCGUCUAUGUAAAU